GUCUACCGAACCUUGAUGAUCGCGCUUUAUCUCCUUCCCCCACUCUCGUCCACCACAUAGUCUCUUUUCUUCUCGGUUCGGGAUCCUCUGACGGCUAGUUUGGACGCAAUUUGCAAAGCUUGACUCCUGGUUACAAACAAGCCUAGGUAAUGGGAAGGCUGAACUUCGACAUCGACGACGAUGCACUCCUCAAGGCAUACAAGUUAUCAUCAAUCUCCGCAACGCGAUGGGAGGAGAUUGAGGAGGAUACGGACAACGCAGUAGUUGGUAUGACGGGACCGGCGGAGAAUGACACGGAUCCUUUGGGCCUGGGUGCAACUAUCGAUUUGCGUGAACUGGAUUCACAGACCAAGGCUGCGGUGCUCAUCUCCUCGAAGACAUUCGACCCGAAGACGUUCCUAUCUGUCGUUCACCCCAAUGCAACAUACCAGGAUCUUUCCGCAGGAAUCGCUCAUCUGCGUGCUUCACUGGAUUCACGGUCGGAGGCCAUUCGUGUCCUCGUCGAGGAGAACUUCGAUAGGUUUGUCGCAGUAAAGGCCUCCACAGAUGCCUUGUAUGCUGAGAUGAAAGAGGGCAUUCUGGCCGACCAGACUGACUACGCCUCGCAACCGCUCAAAGACCAUCUCAAAGCUGCCGCUCAGAAAGCUGAUCAGGUAUUUCUGCCGGUGCUCGAGAACGCGAUGAAGGCACAGAAGCUCCGUACAACACUGGGAGUCUUCGAGAGGUCGAAGUUCUUUUUUAACCUCCCAAGUUCCCUCGUUGAAUGUAUUGAGGCGAGUCGUUAUGAGGCGGCGAUGCGUGACUACAAGAAGGGCAAGAUACUGCUCGAAACCCGCCCGAAUCAGCUACUCCCAAUAGGAACGACCAAAGAUGGCCAAGCAGCGGAGAGCGCACAGCAGCAGCAGAAGCGCAUUCUGGACAAGGUCUGGGCUACUGUGGAGAAGGUGAUGGCUCAGAUGCGGAGCGAGCUUCAAGCCAAGCUGCAAGAGCCCUCACGGAGCGUUGAAGAGCAGGAGAAGACUAUUGAGAUCUUGUAUGAGUUCAGCAGCUCGGACGACCCGGCUUGGUCGUACUUCGACGCACAACACAAGUACAUCAUGCAGAACAUGAGGGAUAUCUACGCAAAUGCCGUCAGCACAAUCAAAGGAUUGAAUGACAAGGCACCGGUGGAAGGUCCUAGCCAGAGUUCGCUCAAUCGCGAACUAGCAUCUCAGCUUCAAGCAUGCGUUCAGGCCAUUGAGGCUAAACAGCCUGAUGUUGUCAUCGCGCAAUCUGGAGGUCAUGAGAUCUGGGAGGCCAUAGAAACCAUGGUGAAGAACGUCUCAGAGGCCAUGCUUACACCAUUACCAAAUUUCUGGAAGAUAUCGAAGUCCUUUAUGGAAGGUCGAUACAAGAAAAACGCAGCGAGCUCAUCCCGCAGAAGUCCCUCGCAAUGCCGGACGAUGGCGCUGGACAUCAUCCAGCUAUACAUCUCCCUCCUCUCCGAGUUCUUCAUGUUCUCCGACAUGGCCGUCAUGUCGCCUGGUCGCAAUGCAACGCCACCGAUGUUCCCAAAGGCGUCGAACUCGCUCACCACCGCCCACCACUUUAUGAAGAUCCUUGGAGAGAUCCAGGACAGCGUGAACGAUGUGACUGGAAUAGAAAUAUCCGGAGAGGCCACGUCGAGUCUGAAGUCUCUUCUGGAGAGCGCGAGGUGGAAGUUUGAAGAUCUGCUCAUAAAUGCAUGGCUCCGAGAUGCGAACGUCUUCUACUACCUGGAGAACUGGGUGGGCUCGACCGCGGACCCAUACACGACUGUCUACCUUGCGCAGAUGCGGACAUUUCAGAAACAGAUCACGACUAGCGCAUUCAAGAUCUGCGGCGGCGUUGAUUUAUCAGCUUCGGGAUCGUCCUCGCGGCAGACUAAGCAGAACCCUAUCGCCCCUGAGUUUGUGGCGAAGAUCACGAAGGCCUUCUUGGACUCGUUGUAUGCAUUCCUAGACGGGCUAGUGCAUCUUGCGUCGGACGAGUCGCCUACGUCGGCUACGCCCAGAGCUCCGCUCCUCGCACAGGCAAAUGCUGUUCCUGGGUCAAACAACCCCUUGGAACUCGUCAAGAUCGAGGACGCUGGUACACGCGUUUUGCUGGUAGUCUCAAACUUCGCGCAACUGCAGAGUGCCCUCAUCCCCAGCAUGAUCGCCGAAUUUGAAGCAGCCUUCAACGUUACGCUCUCCGACGAGAAGAAUUCUCUCAUGGCGGUGGUCAAAGAGCUGGACAAGACGCUCUUUGAGUCCUACUUCAAGCCGAAGUCCACGGCAAUCACCAGUAUCGUACGCAAUGGCAUCCUCGACCCGGAGAUGGACUGGUAUGAGACCCCACAACCGAAAGAGAUCCGACCGUACGUCUACGAGACGCUCAUGUACCUCGUCGGCGUCCACGCCCAAGUCAGCGCCGCCGCCGCCCCACUCCUCGAGCGCACACUGAACGCACUCGUCGAGGACGUUGCCGAAGAGGCCCUCCGCUGCUUCCGCCAAGUGAAACGCUUCGGCAUGGGCGGUAUGCUCCGGGCAACACUCGAGAUCGAGUUCAUACAUCAGGUGCUGUCGCGCUACAUCACAAAGUCAGCUAACGAGACCCUCUCGGAGCUCUACACCCGCAUCUCGCAGACGUACGCAAAGCGCCCGGGGGACGAGAACCUCCAGGUGUAUCUCGAGGGCGUCAAGAAGACGCUGAGCGACGCAAGGCACGCGACGGGUAUCGAGUUCUUGUGCUUCCGGCAGACAAAGGACCGCUCGAAGGAUAAGAGCAAGGCGGGUUCUUCCUCUACCGCUCCCUCCGGAGAUGAAGGGCGCCCUCGGGACAGGGGGGAUAGGGAGAGGCGGAGGGAGAGGGCGAGAAGGGAGGGAGGUAGCUGA